AUCCCCUUGCUUGGUCAGAAAGUGGUAGCUACCAAAAUUAGCUCAACAUGCAGAGAACGCUUCAUCUGUUGUUACUCGGAGGGGCCGUCCUAUGCCUCUCAAGGGUUUCAUCAUCUCAACUUCAUCGAGAUUUAUGGAAGCUCGUGCCAGGCUUAGUCGAAUGCGUCAUACGUCCACGACCAUACAAAAUCGCUGACAAGAACCAGUGUGAUAAAUAUUACAUCUGCGAUAACGGUGUGGCCAUACCGCAGCUUUGUCCGGAUGGUACAGUGUUCCAUUUUCCAAUUCAGAAUUGCAUUCUGAUAAACGGUGCAGACUGUGGUGGUCGACCUUUACUUCAGGAAUCGAUUAAAAAGAACCAAUGCCUAAAGAAGACCGGACUUUUCCCUCACGAAGAUCCUAGGCAAUGCGAUAAAUAUUAUCAAUGUCUAGAUGGGCGCCAGACGUUAAUCACAUGUCCCGAAAUGUUGCUUUUCGAUCGCUCAAGAGGUGUUUGUGAUUAUGCUGAUUUGGCCGACACUUCCUCAUGCGUUCUUGAACCGUCACCAGUGGUUUGCCCCUCUCGGGAUGAGGAACCCUUCUCGUCAUCACUGGACAUUACGAAACGUCUGCUCCCUCAUCCUAGCGACUGCCGUAGGUUUUUCUUCUGCGAGACGGCCAUUCCACGACCACUCAUUUGCGAGGAACAUUUGGCCUUUGAUUUGGAGACCUUAUCUUGCAUCGAUAAAUCACAAGUUCAACGCUGUUCCAGUACCCAUCAUUAAAGGGAAGCAGACACGUUUAUUCCCGACCGAGACUUGCGUCGCAUUGAGCAUAUACGAAUUAAAUGACAAAUUACUUACACAAACACAAAGCAGUGCACGAAUCACUGUCAAUUUUCACUGAACGCAUAAUACACUGACAUUAGCAUUC